AUGUUCAUAUCUGUUUAGUUUGGCUACAAUUAAAACAAACUUUUCAAUAUUAACUGCCAGAUAGCACCUCUUCUCGAUGCUAUUAAUGAUGGAUGCUACAAGGAAAUGGGUAAAUUCCUCAAGAAGAGAGAGGAAUUUUUCAAUAAAGAAAUCUCCUCAUUCAAAAAGAAAGAGUAAAAUUUGCAAAAAAAAUUGGAACGUUUAGAACCACCUAAAUCGCUUGAAGCUCCCAAGGAAGAAGUCAAAGUCAAAGAAAAAAAGGAUCCGAAAAAAGCUGCAAAGGAUAAACCCAAGCCUGGUGAAAAACCUGCUAAAAAAACAAAAAAAUAAUAGUAAGAGGAGGAAGAAGAAAAGAAACGUAAAGAGGCAGAGGAAUAAGAACGUUUAAGAAAAGAAGAGGAGGAAAAAAAGAAGAAGGAGGAAGAAGAAGCAGCCAGGAAAGCAGAAGAGGAGAAGAAAAAUAAAGCAGCUAAGAAGCCAGCAGCCCCAGGAAAAGGAGGUAAAGCUGAGGAAGAAAAAAAAGAUGAGCCAGUUGUUGAAACUGAAGAAAUAAGAAUAGCCCGAGAAAAAGCUGAAACUCUAGCACAGAUAGACGAAUUAAAAAAGUAAAUUGAAGUCUAUUCUGGAAAACUAUCGGCAUUAACUGAAGCUCAAGCUAAGUUAGCUGAGGAGGAGUAGAAACAAAAAAUAGUUGAUCUCUGCGAGAAGACUGGAGAGAGAAAACACUUAAGAGCAAGUGGCGAUUAAUAUGCACAUACACUGCUAAGAGAAAGGAAAGCUUAUGUAUUAGUAUAGAUAAAGAAAGGAGCGAAUGAUGAGGAGGUAGUAGAAAAUAUUGUAUUAGAUGGAGGUUGUAUAAGAACGCCAGAGGAAGAUGUUGAGUGGGAAGAGGAACAGAGAGAACUUGAAGCUCUAUAGGGCAAAGCUGGUGGUAAACCCCCUGCUAAGAAAUGA